CCUUACGGAACCACGUUUGGUAACAUCUCUGAGCGCUUCUCCGACCCUGCGCAGCUUGUCGGAGGAACUAGCUGGGACCUGGACCUGUCAUGGCUCUGAAGCUUAUCCACAGAUUUCCUCAGCUCGGGCAGUUUGGGAUCCAGCGAUUCCCUGUUGGACCCGCCAGGCUCCUGAGCACCAGCAGUCAAUCCUUGUGUGUAGCCUGCCUGUGUACAUCACCCGGCCGCUGCAUCCGGAGACAGGGCUGCGUGAGGCUCCAGUCAAACUGUGGGACAAGAAGCCUGACCACCACCAUCGGUAGGGAGCCGUACUUCGUCGCCAGCAGCUCUGUCGGCCUCCACAGAGAUUCAGUCCCUCGGCUCCAGCUGACCCUGCUGCACCGGCCCACGACUGCAGAGGAGCAGAGCUUCCAGCAGCGUCUGGAGACCUGCUCCUCCUCCCGGCAGGUCUUCAAACUUCUGUGCUCCAUGGAGGUCAUGUCUGACACCAUGGCUGCAGCAGCACUUCACCGUGUGGCAGACCUGGAGCAGGAGGGCAACGCUCUGAAAGAUCCCACGGUGCUGAAGAAGGACACCAUCAGGGCCCUGUGCUUCCAGCUGGAGCAGGACUCUAGGCGGCUGACGGACGGCGGGCUGGUUUCAGCUCUCCUGGCCUGCACACGCCUCUACUUGGACCCCUGGAGCAAGCUGAUGGUGCGGUUGGUGUCUGAGAGCCAGAGCAGGCUGGACAGGGGGAAAAUGAGUGUGGACAAGCUGUGUACACUCGGUCAGGCGAUGUUGGCCAUGGAGGGUCCGGGUAGUGGGAUGCUGGAGCAGGUGAUGGAGAAAAUUCAGAGGCAGAAGCCUGCUCUGUGGAGCCAAGCAGACCUUCUUGCUGUUUAUAGACUUCUGCAGGGUAGCGUGGGUGAAGAUGUAAAGUACAGGGACCUGCUGACUGCCAUGCACACCCAUGCGAUGACAUUCACCUCCUAUAUGGAUCCUGCUGCUGUCAGCGGGCUGCUUAGCGCCCUUGUAACCCUGAAGCAGACACAGGCCAUACCUCUUGUCAUCAAUCUGUGUAAGCAGGCCAUGCGGCACGUUCCUCACUUCACCGAUGAGGAGCUCACCGAUGUACUUGGGGCACUAAUGCACUUUGGUCAAAGUGAUCAUUACUUUGUGAAGGCACUGGAGUACCAUGUUCCUACGAUGGCCUUCACCUCACACCCAGAGACUGUUUCUACAGUGGUGCAGUUCUUUGGUCGCAGGAAAAUCUUGUCUCCAACUGCCUUGGAUGCCAUCGCUGAGAGUUUUGUGUACCGAGCAGACGACUACAGCACCAGCCAAGUGACCAAGCACAUCGUGGCUUUUGGGAGGCUGGGUUACCUCCCACCCAAAGCAGGCCAAGUGUUUGGGAAAUUAGAAACCAUCCUGCGCACACGUUUUUCACACUUCGAGCCCCGAGUGCUGCUCAACCUGCUUCACGCCUGCGUCCUGGUGGAGAGGUUCCCCGUUAACUUCCUCUCAAAAGUUUUCAGCAGUUACUUCCUCCAGCAGCUGCAAGGGCAGAAUGCGGGAAUUGAGCGGCCCGUUCUGGCACAGCUGACUCAGCUCUACAUCACUGUGAAGCUGGAGUGUCCCUCCUACAAUGGUCCCAAACUCCAUUCAAAGCACAGAGUCAAGUCCUUCCUCAUGUCCAGUCCCUCUCUGGAGACGCCAGUGGAUCCACACCUGUACAACCCCGUGAAAGCCGGACUGGAGGAUUUGCUCGGAGACCGUCAGUACUUUGCAUCCAAAGUUCUGACACCGUACUGCUACACACUCGAUGUGGAGAUAAAACUGGAUAAGGAGGGAUGUGUGCUGCCUGCCAGGAAUAGUGACGAUGUGCACAAAAGGGUAGCUCUUUGUAUUGAUGGAUCUGAGAGGUUCACGGCAAACAAGAGGCAGCUGCUGGGAAGGGAGGCCAUCAAGCAGCGACAUCUGCGGCUCCUGGGAUAUAAAGUCAUUCAGAUUCCCUUCUACGAAUUUGAAAAACUGAAAAACAAGUCCAAAGUGGUGAAUUAUCUGCACCACAAACUCUUCCCUCACACUUACAGGCUGAGCUGGUGAUGCUACAAGGAGCUCUGCUGCUUUUUCUAGCUUCAACGAAUCCAUAUUUAUUUUUGCUAAGAACGCUCUCUGCUAAAUGAAGAAGUUAUUGAUUAUGCACUUCCGCAUAUUUAACUCCACAAUAAAGUGACUUUUGUACAAA